GAAAUCGUCUCCUCUCUAGUGACUACCGGGCAAAGUUUGCAAAGGACGGACACAUGCAUACACACAAGUCCGACGCAGCGAAUGAUCAACGUAAUUUCUAGUACAGGCGGUGUUGUCACUGAGAAGAAUAUCAAACUGGUUUUCCCUCCUGGAGCAGUAGAAAAUCCUGUGUCUGUAAGCAUUUCGUUAGAGGAUCCUUCCAGAUACUAUGGCCUUAUUGUUCAAAACAGUCUUGAAAAUGACGUCAUAAUUGGUGCACCCGUCAUUCGCCUUGAACCGGACGGUCUCUCGUUCAAGAAACCUGUCACACUGACCGUGAAAUUUGAAAUAGGCAAUUUUACUUGCAGUGAUAUUGUUAUUUUGAAUGGAAGGGAGGAACGUAGUAGAAUGAUCACCUGGGAAGAUGUCACUCCUUACUCGGUGGCCACGACGCUUGAUAAGUCAAAUGCUGAAGUGCACAUUAAAAUGGAACAUUUCUCAAUCAUUGCUAUUUUGUUAACUGUGGUAAGAUUCACUCAGGUUCGCUUGCUGACUAGGUUUAACUUAAUGUCAUUUCACUACACCUUAUCAGUGUGGCUUAACGACAACUCCGUGUCUCCAAAAAGCGACGAGCUUGCCUUGUUGUUCGUGAGCCAAGAUGUCUACCAUGAACAGUUCUAUGAGAAGCAAGAGGUUUCCGCUAUGAUAGAACUGAAAAAUAAAGGAUUUAGAAAACUACAUGUACGUCCUAUGAAUGAUCACGAAGAAACUGGCAUCUUUAACAAUGAACGUCUUCAUAUAUCAAUCUACCUAGGAGAGGACUACAAUCUGGCUGGCAGACAGCAUGAAAUUACCAGCGAUUUCCAGGUGGAUUCGUAUGUUUGGUGGAGCAUGGGCUACGUCGUUCCAAUUUCACUGGAAAGAAGUAUGAAAGACGUUAGGAUUGCUUGUGGUACAAUCACUGUUAAAGGAGCGUUUGGCCACAUUAGUGUGAGGAAAUUCUGCGAAGUUGGUGGGUUAAACGGGAUUACUUUUCUCCCUGUUUUCUACGUUACUUCGUCCUCCGCAAGAACGUUUUUUAGCAUAUAGGGCCAUGCAUCCUUACCCUCUGCAGUGCAUGUUCAGAAAUCGGGCAUUCUCGCGCUACCAAAUUGCCCCUCCCCAAUUCUUCCUUACCUAUGAAACGCCCGCCAAGCAGGGUGCCAAUGUCUCAAGUAAGACCAUGUGGCGGGGUCACCUCUGAUAUGUGAAUUUCACCAAAGUUAUUUUUAGACCAAUUAAACCCUUGAAAUUGACCGGAAGUUGGUUUCUGGAGAUAUCCACAAAUUUUUCUUCAGUGGUGUCAGGAAAGAAUAACGGGAUAUGAAUUUUUGGUGUCUUGCCAUUACAAUAGCUCCAUUGUUUGCUUUGAGGCGGUUGCACUUGGACUUGCUGCUCAAAAAACCGAUUAAAAUGUGCGAACGUCCCAGGAAUUAGACUUCCGUUUAAUUUCAACCUUUAAAAAUAACUUCAGGGAAAUUCACAUGUCCUGGCUAACGCCCUAAGAUUCCUCUCUGUCCCACUGUUCUCUCUUAUUGUACAUGUAAUAGAUAAAUAUGGGUAACUCGGAUCACUCGUUUCCGUUGCUGUUGUCUAACGAGCAUAAAUAAAAUUCUCGCAGAUCUUUGCGGCUACGUAAGAAACCUUUUAAAGGUUCAUGGAGAAAUUUUUAACACUGUGCCGAUUGCACGCGUGCUUGAGAUACCAGAGGAGCUGAUCAACCAAGUUGUGAUGUCUCGGACGGGGGAUGACGAACAACUGAACAUAAUAUUGCAAGAAAGGUUGAGGGAGAACUUUAUGGCAGAAGACCUAACUUCACUCAGUAAAGACCUCGAGUGCUGGAGAAAGACAAAGCAAGGUUAGUCUUUAUAAUAGUGGAGCUCUCGCGCGCGAAGCGCGCCAGCGAAGCACUAUGGGUAAGAAAAUCUACCCAUCCGGGAAAAUUUGGAAAUCACGUGACCGUACACCGACCGCCCGCCCGCCCGAGAGACCGUCCGUCUGCACCACAGGCAUACCAGUGUAAAAUAACUCAAUCAACAGGUAUGGCAACCUAAAUGCAACUUGAGGUUAUUUUGGCGGGAAAUCGCAUAGCCACCGGCGUCUUGUAAAGCAGACACAACAAAAGAAUCAAUAAAGACGAAAACGGAAAGCGGAAAUUGUUUCUUUAUCCGGUUGUCUAAAGUAUUAAGCUUAGAUAAAUUGUCAUGUCCACAAAUUUGGAAUAUAGAGCAAGAGAAAGACAGAGAAAAAGUGGGCGGCAGACCAGCGAACCUCAACGAGAAAAAAGGCGACAGGGAUUUAGAGCGAGAGAUAAAAAACCGAAGGAGACAUUUUUUUUGGUUGGAAGAACAACAUGAAAAUGUUGUAGCGGUGGUGACAAAAUGAGAAAUGCUAGCGGCCACUAAUGCAAGGUGAAAAUGAGCGGCAGUGAAAAAAAGUGAACGGGAACACAUACGACAUUUCCUCCAUAAAACGUGUAACUAAGAAGUUUCUGGAAGUUUCACGUUGUAGGCGUGCAAAACAGCGGCAAAGAAAUGUACAAAAAAGUGUGCUGCACGUGCGAAGUUGCUUUUGCUAAUUAGACCUAUUGUUGUUUUCCGGCGUUGCAUGCCUUCGCCGCAUAGCAUUACACGAUUUUAUAUUUUGUUUGAACAAACUAUAAAUAUUAUCGAGAGCUUCGCUUUUAGCCCUGGCUAAAUCUAUAUAUUAACGCUUAAUCCUGUAUAAAUGGAUUUUGUGUGGCGGCUGCAGUUUGGUGGCGACGUGUAUGGUUUCCUUCACGAUCGCCAUCAUGUUUACCCAAUGACCUACGAAAUGGUCUCAUUGAAAAUGAUCCAUUUAAUUUCGUAAUGUCAUUGGGAAGUAAAACAUCCGUAUAAGAAAAAGACUUUUGCAAGGCUCUGUGGGCGGGGUGACUAAGGAAAGGCUAGAUUCUCUUUCCCUCCUACCCCUCAACACCUCCUCGUCUGCGGGUCCAAGGAGGGUUCUGGUAGGCUGUUUUAAUCCCUGAGGGAAGGACCUCUCUCACUCGAAAUUCGGAGUACCUCCUGAUCAAAAGAUUUUGAGGGGGCUUAAAUUCUUAAUUCCGGCGCUUAGUGUGCCCAUAUAUCCCGGUCACCUAUUUAUGCGAACAUGAUACAACCAAACCUGAUUUUAAUAAUGAUGUAACCUAUUAUAGAAUGGUUCCCAGAGUUAACCCAACAACACUUGAAUUCAAUAGAUUUCCCAAUCGUCAUGGCUUAUCGCCCGAAUUUAUUGUCACUGCAACCUCCUUUUGACCACUUUUUUAGAGUAGAUAAGCUGACUUCAGAUAGUGUGGAAACUUGCUUUAUGCUCUUGCCUUACAAUGAAUUAAAAGGUAGGCGCGUUCCACACGUAUCCAUUUUUAUUUGAAAACGGACGUUCAUUUUUUCUGUUUUCUGAAAAGUCCGCGUCCGCAUGGUGCGUUCUUUAAACCUUUUUGCCCGUCCACACGAAAAAGCGAAAGUUACUGAAAACGGUACCAUCUUUGGUGGGAGCAUACACAUUUAUCUGAGUUCGUGAUGUCAUCGUUUUCAAAACCUCCGUUUUCCAUUUGCACGGGUAAAGCAAGGCGGCGUUCUUAAAAAGAUGCGUUUACGGAGGACGAGCUUUUAAUGAAAAGACAAACUGCAAGGACUGUGACACAUAAAAGCAUCGCUGUACCCUUUUGAAAAUGGACUUCGUGAUUCCAUUUCUUUUUUUUUUUUUACUAUUACUAGGUUCAACUUACAACGUAACACAGCGGGGCCAGAUGCAUGUCAGACACUUGAGAGAAUAUGCAGCUAAGAUCUCGGGCUUGCAACGCACAGAUGCCAACUUAAUGAAGUAUUUUGCCGGUCAGAUCCAAUCUCUUUGCAACACACUGUUAAGGGACUGUUGCAUUGAGUUGGAAACUUCUGCGGAAGGUGUUGAAAGAGCGGCUUCAUCCAGCAGCUAUGUACACUAUAUGGAAAUUCAUCGACCUGUGCCCGAAGACAUAAAAGAGAGAUAUCCAGAGAUAUUCUCUUCACCAAAUGAGUCUAUCAAAGCUUUUGUGGCCGUUGUUCCUAACCUCAUUCAAAUCACCAAAGAAAUAUUUGCUGAGGAGGAAGUUUCAAAAGUACAAAAUGGCUUAAGGGGACUACUUAAAGAAACAAUAGAGCAGUUUGAUUUAAGUAUUCGAAAUGCUAAGAGAAACAACAAAGUCGGGCAGCUUGUUUAUGAUGUAAGCAGAAUUUUGGAGCUGUUGUGUCUGAAAAAUUGUGACCUGCCAUCAAUAGAAAUAAAGAAGUGGGGUGAAAACUUGGCAGUUCUCCACAUGCUGGAGGUAUUAAAGCCCUUUUACAAAUACUGCAAACAAGAUGUGAGGUUAUACAAGAGAUUAGAACUCUUUUCUGGACGCCUACGAGACAUCGUGUCCGAUCGAGUUGACAUAACCGAUGGAGUCAUCUUACGAGAUUUUUGCAACGUUUCACUGAGUCUCGUAAACUUCGCAAAGUUUGAUCCG